UUAACGAUUUGCCUGGUUCACAUUUUUUGCUGGACGUUUGGAGCAGUGCAAAGGAGGCGCUGGAAAUGCUGGGCGGCUGGGUGUGCGCUUCGCGUUGACGCUGACGCCGUCGACGCUGUUCAGGUGGUCCUGGGCAGGGGCAGCCGUUGCGUGGGCGGUGUGGUGCGCUCGCGCUUGGUUCCGGUAUGGGCCAUCCCUAUCCUAGCAUCCCCGGUCGGAACUAUGAUUAGGCCAGCGUAGCUCGGGGAAGACUCCUUGAAGCGCAACGACGUGCACCAUCUCAAGCCGACGAUGGAGAUCCUCAUGACGGCCGAGUAUUACGUGAUCGUCGACGGCGAGCACACGCUGUGGUGCAGCCGAAUCGACGGCACGCUGGAGCCCGGAAAGCUGUCCGAUCUUCACAAGCUCACGGACCCCAUCUGCCUGGGCAUCAUCUACGGGGUGAUUGGAAAGUUUCAGCCGCACCCAGAUUCGGACAAGCAGCUGGUGCUCAUUCGGCAGGUGAGUCUCAUUGGGUGCCUGCCCGGGAACCACCAGGUGUUCAAGGUGAACAAAGUGGUGCUGCUUCCUCUGUCGGUGCACGAAAACUCCGAGACAGAGAUUGAGCCCUGCCCAAAACACCACCCCAAUGUGCGGCGCCCCGAGCGAAGCCCAGCCUCGGAGUUCCAACAACGGGCUCUCCAGAAGACCUGGAACACGAUCAAGACGGCCACCGCCCAGGUGAAGCCCCGCAAGCCUGUGCAGAAGGAGAACCGGGACAAGUAUGAGCGGCGCCUGCUAGACGAGCUGGCCAAGAUGUUCAACGACACAAAUUCCUUCUACCUGUCGCCCACGGGCGAUUUGACCAACACGUUGCAGCGGCAGUACGAGCAAGAUCCGCAGCUGGCGAAGGCACCCCUGUGGCGGCGCGUGGAUGACCGCUUCUUCUGGAACCGCGAAAUGCUCCGGGAUCUGACGGAACGAGAGGACUCUGCGGGGGACCAUUGGAUUCAGCCUGUGGUUCAGGGCUUUGUCCAAGUGGAACGCUGCCAGCUGGACACGAUGGACGAUGGCCCGGCUGAGGCGGCCCUGACUCAGGACAGCACGGGCACCUGGUUCGACAUGCAGUGCACCGAACGACUGCCGGCCAAGGAGUUCACUAUGGCGCUGGUGUCGCGCCGCAGCAGGUAUCGCGCAGGCACUCGCUACAAGCGGAGAGGGGUUGACGACACGGGCCAGUGCGCCAACUACGUCGAAACAGAGCAGAUCUUCGAGUAUGCAGCCCACACGGUGUCCUUUGUGCAAGUGCGCGGCUCCGUGCCUGUCUUCUGGAGCCAGCCGGGCUACAAGUACCGGCCGCCACCCCGUCUGGAUCGGGGUGAGUGUCGGCUUUGGGCCCGAGUUUCUGGGCGGCUGGCUACAGGUUGUGCUUCUACAGGAGAGGAGGAGACGCGGCAGGCCUUUGCCAAGCACUUUGCCGAGCAGCUGCACCUCUAUGGGAGCCAGGUGCUGGUCAGCCUGGUGGAGCAGACGGGCAAGGAGAAGGUCCUGGCCGAUGCCUACCUGAACCACGUGCUGCUCCUGGAUGACCCUCGACUAACUUACGUCAGCUUCGACUUCCAUGAGUACUGCCGAGGCAUGCGCUUCGAGAAUGUGUCGGUGCUCAUUGACGGCAUCAAGGACCUGGUGCGGGACAUGCGCUACUGCUGGCUGGAUCAGCAAGGGCUCAUCUGCGGUCAACGAGGUGUCUUCCGAAUCAACUGCAUCGACUGCUUAGACCGUACCAACAUUGUCCAGACGGCCAUUGCCAAGACAGCCAUGGACACCCAGUUUGUUCGGUUGGGACUGCUGCCACCGGAGGGUGUGCUGCCCACAGCCUGUAGGAGGAUCUUCCAGAUGCUGUGGGCCAACAACGGGGACAUCAUCAGCCGCCAGUAUGCGGGCACCGUGGCCCUCAAGGGAGACUUCACUCGCACAGGAUCACGGCGUCUGGCCGGCAUGAUGAAGGACGGCUACAACUCGGCCAACAGAUAUUACAUGAAUCGGUUUAAGGACGCCUACCGGCAGGCCACCAUUGACAUCAUGCUAGGGAACCCCGUGACGGAGGACUUCAUGGCUGUGAGCCCUGAGCAGGAGGACGAGCCCAUCCUUGAGAUGCAAGACCAGGAGCAUCACGAGCACGUCAAGCAGCUCAUAGAGCACUGCAAGAAGAUGCUGAUUCCCGAGAGUGAAGUGGUGCUCGGUGGUUGGGCCCUUAUCGACGCUGACCCUGUCACGGGGGACCCAGGUCAGGGAGACAUGGAUUCAAUCCUGGUUCUGACUCAAGACUCUUACUAUGUGGCUGAGUAUGACGACCAGACGGAUCGCAUCACCAAGUACCAGAGGGUAUUUCUGGAGGACCUCGAGAAAAUGGAACUGGGGCCCGAACCCUCGCUCUUCAAGUCUCGGCAUCACUGUAUCCGGUUGCACUAUCUGGUCAAUGGUCAGGGAGGCUAUUUCCACAUGUUCCGGUCGACCGGCACGCGGUUCUUCAACAAUGUGGCCGUACCGAUUAAGAGCGAGGAGGAAGCCAUUGAGUCUCUCAAGGCCAUUUGCGAGUCCUUCAAGGUUGCACUGAGCGUCAAGUCCCUUAAUGUGCCGCUGUUUGAAGGCAAGCUGGAGAGGCGGCGGAGCAAGCUUCCUUUUGUCCAAGGCGAGCGUUCGGGGAGCCUGGGCUUUCCACCCUUGCACCUCGAGCUGCCGUCGCUGAGUCACAUGCCCCGCAACGUUUCGGAGGGCCAGCUCAUGGCUUUCGUCAACGUGGGUUCGCGGGCCCUGAGCAAUGUGACGUCGCAGUUUGCUCGCCUCAACCCGAUGCGCAGCGUGCGGGGCCUGACCAAGCGACCGGCUGCAGCUCUCGGAGCCCUCUGCGAGGCACGGGGCUCUUUCCAAGUGGACAGCUCGUCCGACUCGGAAGAAGACUCAGCUCGCUGGCUGCGCCGAGCGGGGCCGCUGACCGCCGACCGCACCCUCAGCUCGGACUACUCGGAGUGCAGUGACUUGGACUCGGACGAGCCGGGCAGUACCCAAGACACGCUGCUCGAGAGCUGCGGCAUCCUAGCCACCAGCCCGAGCCUAGCCAAUGUCGAGGCCCGGCCACCCUCGGCCUUUGAGAUUGACGACUUUGUGCUGGACGCAAUGCGGAAGGCGUCGCAGCGGCGGCCGCGGCGGCCGCAGGCCCCCCAGAUUCAGGUGAGCCCGCCGGCGCAGCCUGCCGCGCAGCCUGCCCUGCCGACUUUGCAGGUGAGCGACGAAGCCCCCAGCGAACUCCCGAGUCCGGCCCGGCGGCGCCAGCUUUCCAAGUCAUCGGAGCAGCUGGACAGCCGUUCGUCGGCCAGCCCCACUCUGGGCGAGCUGUGCCGUCUGCUCGUGCACGAGGAGGCGCCUCGCGAGGCAGAGGGCGGCCUCUCAGGGAAGAUGAAGAUGUCGCACAGCGAGAGUGCCAUUCAGGACUUCUCGCUGCCCUGCUCUCUUCCGAACCCCCUGUCCUCGCCCAUCAUCAUCAAGAAGGACCUGGUGCUGUCCCCCCUGUCCCGCAUCGCCAAGGGGGUGCAGACUCUGGGGCUGAACCUGCGGCCCGUCGCCAUGGGAGGACGGCGCUCGCAGCUGCCGCUGGAGAGCGAGGCGCUGCGGCAGCGCAAGCGCACGUGCCGCUCGCACAUUCUCGAGCUCUGAGCUCACUCCCGUCUAGUCGGCCGCCAGGGGUGGAGGUUACGAUGGCCUCCCCUUCCGGGCUCGGUCGUCCGCUCGACGGGCGACCUGAGAGCAAACUAGUUUGGACGUUCUUCGAACACCAAGUGCUGAAAGAAACCACGGCAGAGAGCACACUUGCUUUUCUAAACCAUUUACACUGCUGUUGUCACCUUGUAAAUAUCCUGUUAUGGCCAGUGUGUAUAUAGGUCUACUUGUGAUUUUACCGGUACCGUACGACUCGUAUGGCAUGUACAUUUUUGUGCUCUGUGUCGUAACGUUUUAUGCACGUAGCUCCCCGACGCCUUGCACGUGCACUUUUGGUGUAUAGACGAGGUACAACGGGUGCGUUUGCCUCUUGAGGAUUUGUAGUCUUUCCAUUUGUAUUGAAGACGGCAUUUACUUCUGGGAGUUCUUACCGCGGGGGCCUCCCCAACCAACGAGUCUUUUUUUGUUCCCUUCGCCGUGGCUCGGCAUCGACUCUCGAGCUUUCCCGGUGACAGUCAGCACUGUGGGUCACACAAUGCUUACUGAAAUACUCAGCAGUAUUGUCCGAAGCACGAAAUGUGCGGGUCGGUCAGAAUUUUCCUCUUACUUUCCAACAAUUCUGUUAACAUUCCUAUAUAUAUUUUUUCUAUACUUAGAUCUGCAGAUAUACUCGACUUGCAGAACUUAACGGCGGAACAAAGAAGCGAGCCUGAGAUGGGAAGGGGCUCUGUGAAAUUAUUUCUACUUGCAGUGCUGUUUUGCCUACCUUUUGGGCCCUGAACUUGUUAUUUAAGUUAUACACUUGUUUGUUUUUACGGCUCCUGGCCAAAGAGCUAUUUAUGGUGGGAGUUGCAUGGGAGGGCAGAGGAGCUGCGUGCACAUUUAGGCCUGUGCCUGGGCGCAGGGACUUGCUUGUCGGCCCGUGGGUGUAGCGCCCACAAAUGCUGACCGUGUUAGGCGAUGUAUCCUUAGGUUCUUUUACAGCUAGAGCACCCACCUUGUCGGGCCACGUUUGUGCAAUGUAACAACCAGAUCCUGCAGAGUACCGUUGGGAAAUGGGUCUAGCGACAGUCAAAAGCUUGCACAAUCGUUCCAUUCAGCCAGGUGCUGGGAGACACUUUGCCACGUGUUUGCGUGCUCGGGUGUCCCACACUGUUCCCAAGCACUGAAACCCGUGCUUGAGAGUGGACCAACGCAAAGUGUAAUCGCAGUGGAAAUGCAGUCUCCAAAUAAAAGCUAUUAUCUCAA